ACACUAGCUGGAAGGAUCGUUCGCGUGCAUCGCUUGAUUGACAUCGGCAAGACAGCCCAGCACGGUUCGGUGGCUGCUCCCGAAGGUGACGCUUGUCGCAAGUGGCGCUAAGCGCAAUAUUAAGACUGAACAGUUGAGGCAACGCCCCAGCAUGAGAAGUAUGCAGAUCACGGUGGUUGUUUGCUUGUGGUGCGUCGGUGUGCUUUCGGUUGUGGACGGUGCGUUGUACGACGAUGGGAAGGAUUCUUCCUGCACACAGCUAGACUUCGAUGAGGCAACACUCUCCUCACUGAAGGAGUGUGACUACAUGCAGGAGUUUAUAGUGAAGCGUUACGAUGAAUCGACUCACUUCGACCCGUAUCGGCCGGAAGCUGUGCACUAUCUGUCACAUCGCUGGCAAGGAUUGACGUGUGGUGAAACGGUGCAUACUUACUCGUUCAACGAAGAAACUGAGCUACGGAUGGCUUACAAUCUGGUGUUCGAUAGUGGCGCUACGCUGGAAGUUCGUGUGUUUGACGAAGAUCGUAGAGAUACGGAUAAUAGACCGACCCUGGUGGAGGUGUGGCACACUACGAGCUCCACCAAUGGAUGGGGAUACUUCCGCGAGAAGCUCAACAAGACUGUGAAGCAGGCUAGGAUACAAAUUGAGGCAAACAUCAACGCGGGAAGUGAUUUGGCGAUAGAAUACCUGACGAUAUUCAACUACGAGGUAGAGACGGAAGAGUGUAGCGUUAUUGAUGAGUUUGCAACGACAACUGUCGCACCAGCAACGACCGAAACGACAACGAUUGCUGCGGAAACAACCACUCAACAACCUGCCACAACAACCACGCUCGCGCCGGCGACGACGUCAUCGACCACGGAAACAUUCCCCUCCACGACCGUAUCAACUGCUGACGAAGGGACGACUACCGAAGCAAGUGACGAACCUUCGACAAGCACGCUAGCACAAACGACCGAGAUGAUAUCAACGACCACCACCAAUGCGCCACGGGAUGACACUUCAAUGCCACCGUCUACCAGCACAACACGACAACCUACCUCCUCGUACUUCACGACGGACAGUUCCAACCCGUCAACAACUACUGAAAGCACUGCGCCAAUCUUGGAACCACUAAGCCCAAAGCAGUGGCUCUGGAUGACACUGACAGCUGUGUUUGCGAUACUGUUCGUGCUGGCUGCCAGUGCUGCCAUCUAUCUGUGCUUCAUGAACCAACACUUGGAGCGAAUCAGCGCACGCCUGCUAGAUGAAGUCGGUCGCUAUCCGGGCAAAAAAGACCUACUCACGUAGACGUAUGCGCAGUCCUGGUUGAAUGUGAUAGUUCGAUUUUAGCUUAAGGAAUAUAUUAAUAAAAUAGCCCUUAUCCUCCAAGU